UCGCCUCUGCUCUUCUCGGCUUCCAGAGGCCCUGAUUGGGACUGAGGGGGCGGUGCGGGCUCCGUGCGCAUGUGCGCUCCGCCCCAGCUUGGCCAAGAUGGCGCCGGUGGAGCACGUUGUGGCCGAUGCCGGGGCUUUUCUGCAGAACGCGGCUCUGCAGGACAUCGGGAAGAACAUCUACACCAUUAGGGAUGUGGUUAGCGAGAUUCGAGACAAGGCCACGCGCAGGAGGCUCGCGGUCCUGCCCUACGAGCUGCGUUUCAAGGAGCCCUUCCCGGAAUACGUGCGGCUGGUAACUGAGUUUUCAAAGAAAACGGGAGACUAUCCCAGCCUAUCUGCCACAGAUAUCCAAGUAUUGGCACUCACCUACCAGUUGGAAGCAGAGUUCGUUGGGGUGUCUCACCUAAAACAAGAACCAGAAAAGGUGAAAGUGAGUUCAUCGUCUCAGCACCCAGAAACCCCUCUGCACAUUUCUGGUUUCCAUCUGCCCUCAAAGCCUAAACGUCCACAAGAAACAGUAGAACAUGGAGAGCCAGCCAGGGCGUCUGAGGACCUAGAAUUCACUUCCUUUGUGUUCUGGAGAAACCCAUUGCCUGACAUUGAUCGUGACCUGCAGGAGCUGCUGAUUGACGAAGGUGGGUGUGUUCCGAGUGAGGAGGAGAAGGAAGAGGACGGAUUGGAAGAAGGGAAGGACCAAGACAGUGAUGACGACGGGGGCGGGUGGAUAACCCCCAGCAACAUCAAGCAGAUCCAGCAGGAGCUGGAGCGGUGCUCUGUCCCCAAGGACGUGCGGGUCGGCUGUGUCACCACGGACUUCGCCAUGCAGAACGUCCUGCUCCAGAUGGGGCUGCACGUGCUGGCUGUGAACGGCAUGCUGAUCCGUGAGGCCCGGAGCUACAUCUUGCGUUGCCACGGCUGUUUCAAGACCACGUCCAACAUGAGCCGAGUGUUCUGUUCACACUGUGGAAACAAGACCCUGAAGAAGGUGUCUGUGACCGUCAGCGACGACGGAACCCUGCACAUGCACUUCUCCCGCAACCCCAAGGUGCUGAAUCCGCGGGGCCUCCGGUACUCACUCCCCGCUCCCAAAGGGGGCAAGUACGCCAUCAACCCCCACCUGACCGAGGACCAGCGCUUCCCUCAGCUACGGCUCUCCCGAAAGGCCAGGCAGAAAACCGACGUGUUUGCCCCCGACUACGUAGCUGGGGUGUCUCCUUUUGCAGAGAAUGACAUCUCCAGCCGGUCAGCUACCCUGCACGUCCGAGACAGCACCCUGGGAGCCGGGAGGAGACGGUUAAAUCCCAAUGCUUCCAGAAAGAAGUUUGUGAAGAAAAGGUGAAGGGGGGCUCACAGGCAAGCUGGACUGCUGCCAUGGCUGCCGGGGAGUCCCGUGUGUCGCCCCCAGCUGUGCCGGACCGAGGGAGUGGGCCUGGCUUCCCAGUGCUGCCCCAGGACUUGCCGUGGUGCCUCGGGUUGGGUUGGUGGUGGGACUCGGCCAUGCCCUGGCCCCCGUGCAGCCAGAGAGAGAGUUGAAUGAAAGCAGAAGAAACAGUGCCUGAAGCAGAUCUUCAACCUUUAAAGAAGAGAACUUCCAAGUGGUGAUAUUUUUCUAAUAAAUGUGUUUGCAAGCUUU